CUGGCGACUCCAGUCUUCUGCCCAUUAAAAGAUAGGUACAGUUGUACAUUUUCACCCCCACCCCCCACACCCCCAUCCUAUCGAUGAUGCUUCGUCGUUCCUUUGCUGCUUUAUCUACAAAAACGAAUCUAGGAGACGCCGGAACUCGGAUGGGUUCCCAGCAAAAAGUUCUGGAGAUCAAAUCCCCAUUGUCCUUGCUUCGGAUGUGCUAUCGUAGUAUUGACAUUUGUGUAAAGUCGCGCCACGCUCGCAACUUCUUCAAAAAGCGCCUUAUUGAGCAGUGGGCGGAGAAGAGUAAGGAGACGGAUCCGGAGAAAAUGCGCUUUUACAUGGAUUUAGCAGGAUCGUUUCUGCAGGCCCUACACACCGAACGCAACCCAAAGCCAGGUAUGGUCAUCAACUUUCAGCUUUCUCGUCGGGUUGCGCAUGAUAAAAAGAUAGAGGAGAAGAUAACCAAAACCAACAUCAAGCGCGUUGCAAAGAUACCAAGGGGAGGGAAUAACGGAUAGUACAGAAGUUUGAAUUGUUGAAUAUGAUGCCAUCUAUGGUGCAAAAGGUAUGCAUUAAAUACAGGUACUUCAAAGGAGAGAGGUCUAACCCUCUGUCGGAUGUUUCUCACGUUUGGGUUGAAGGCAUGGAAAAAAGUCGAGAAGACGACAAAAA